UCUUCGCCAGCUGAUUUGUAACAGUGCAGACGUGUACAUGAAGUAAUAUCUUAAUCUUUUUUUUUGUAACGUCACUGUGCCUUUUUUCCAUCGCAUAACACCAACCCCAGUUCAGCAGAAUAGUGCGUUUUUACAGAAGAAAAUGGCUACCGUUGAAGAACUGAAGCUGCGAAUUCGUGAGUUAGAAAAUGAACUAAUCAAAUCCAAACAGAAGCAAAGUGAUGCUGAACACAAUAUCAGACCAAAAAUUGAGCAAAUGAGCGCCGAAGUCGUAGAUUCAAAUCCAUACAGUCGUCUAAUGGCACUUAAGAGAAUGGGGAUAGUGCAAGACUACGAGAAAAUCCGCUCGUUUGCUGUGGCGGUGGUGGGAGUCGGAGGGGUGGGGAGUGUCACUGCAGAAAUGCUCACCAGAUGUGGCAUUGGUAAGUUGCUGCUGUUUGACUAUGAUAAGGUGGAGCUGGCCAACAUGAACCGCCUCUUCUUCCAGCCACAUCAGGCGGGGCUCAGUAAAGUCGAGGCUGCACAACACACUCUUAGGAACAUUAAUCCAGAUGUUGCCUUUGAGACCCAUAAUUACAAUAUCACCACAAUGGACAACUUCACACAUUUCAUGGACCGCAUUAGUCACGGAGGACUUGAAGAGGGGAAGCCUGUAGAUUUGAUUCUCAGUUGUGUUGAUAACUUUGAGGCUCGUAUGGCCAUUAACACAGCAUGUAAUGAGUUGGGUCAGAUCUGGAUGGAGUCAGGUGUCAGUGAAAAUGCUGUUUCUGGACACAUCCAGCUCAUCAUCCCAGGAGAAACAGCCUGUUUUGCUUGUGCUCCUCCUCUAGUAGUGGCUGCAAAUAUCGAUGAGAAGACGUUGAAGCGGGAUGGAGUGUGUGCCGCCAGUUUACCCACCACAAUGGGAGUUGUUGCUGGGCUUCUUGUGCAGAAUGUCCUCAAGUAUCUGUUGGGCUUUGGGACGGUGAGUUAUUACUUGGGCUAUAAUGCCAUACAGGACUUCUUCCCAAGCAUGGCAAUGAAGGCCAACCCACAGUGUGACGACAGACACUGCAGACGACAACAGGAUGAAUACAAGAAAAAAGAAGCAGAGCGGCCGAAGCAGGAAGUGGUCCAGGAAGAAGAGGAAGUGGUGCAUGAGGACAAUGAAUGGGGCAUUGAGCUGGUGUCAGAGGUGACCGAGGCAGAGCUACAGGAUGCAUCAGGACCCAUUCCAGAUCUACCAGAGGGCAUCACCGUAGCCUACACCAUACCUGAGAAAGAUGGAGCAUCAGGGGAGACGGUCGAGGAAACAGAGCAGAGUUUAGAGGAGCUGAUGGCUCAGAUGAAAAAGAUGUAAGGAAACAGACAUCACUGAACACAGAAAUAAUCAUAAUAAACUCUCCCACAGCCAUUGAAGACCAACUCAUCAUUAUUAUUUUUUUAUCUGUAAAAUCUGAGCUCUCACACAAAUUAAGUUCUGUUGCUGCGAGGUUAUGUUUACAUUGACUGAAAAUCUUUAAUAGUAAAUUUCAUCCACUAUUUAGUUUAUUUUUUAUUUUUUUGCAGUGUUGCGGUUCUCAGAGUAUGUUUUUAAUGGCUGUGGUUUAUGGCUUGAGCCACACAAUCUAAAUGAUAUCUCUAAUACUGUAUGUGCUUGUAUACACCCAGCCACAAAUAUUUUCAGAUAUUUUACCCUGAUCAUGACUUGCUGUAUUAAAUGUUAUAACAUGGAGCAAUGCAAAAGAAAAUAAAUUUAUUGUUGUUACA